AAAGCUUAUACAUUAUACUCUCAAUCUUCAUAUAUCUCAUGAUUCUUUCUUCUUCUUCUUCGUCGACGAUGAUGGAGCAACCAUCAUCAUAUCUUGAAAGCUCGGGGAUCAACGCCGUCUCCUCCGAUGUGUUACGUUCUAACAUCUUAACCCGUCUCGACGGUGCUUCACUAGCCGCCUUGAGCUGCACUUGCUCCAACCUACACUCUUUCUCAUCGGAAGAGUCUCUCUGGAAGCAGCAGUGUUCAGUCACGUGGCCUUCUACGUUAGACGCACGUGUCCAAAGCAUCAUCUCAACGUUCCCCGCCGGUCACCGGACGUUUUUCUCCGAUUCUUUUCCGUUUCUUGGACAAGAUGGUGUGAUCAAUCUCCCACCGUCUGUUGAUACGACUGAGUUGAUCUCAGCCGUUGAUAUAUUUUAUAAAGAUGAAGUGAUUUUCUCAAAAGUUCAUGUGACAGAGACUGUCUCUGGUUGGUUCCUCUGUUCUCCUAUGCGUGUUGAUCUUGUCGAACCUAAAGAGAUGGUCUCGACAAAGGUUUCGGUCGUGGAACAAUGGGAAGAUGACACGUGGAAGAGUGAGUUAGAAGAGAAUCUUUCAUUGAGCUGGAUACUCAUUGACCCGACCCGUAAACGUGCGGCGGAUGUAUCAACCCGAAGACCCGUCUCGGUGGAACGUCACUGGCUGACCGGAGAAAUCCACGUAAGAUUCUCUAAUAUUUUCUUGGUAAGCGGCAAGAAAAAGCCCUCGGAGGAAGUUGAGUUCACGGUGACGGUGGUUAUGGCGGCGUUUAGUCGGAAGGGAGAGGAGAAGGCGGAGGUGCAGAUAAGGGAGGUGAGCCUUGUGGCGGAGGACGCGGAGGGGAAGAACUUAGGAGGAAAGGGUAGUUUGGUCAUUUUGGCAUCGGCGAUGGGAAUGGACCGUCGUCGGUUUAGGGUGGGAAGGGAAGAAGAAGGGAAGGAGAAGUAUAGAGAAUUUAAGGAGAGGAAGACGGCGAAGUCGGAGAUGAAGUGGCGGCCGGAGAAGGAAGCCGCUAUGGAGACGGCGGCGUGUUGGAUCGCCGUCUUCUUUCUUGGUUUCCUCUUGUGUUUUUAUCUAUUCAUACAUAAAAACAUGAUGGCCAUUAUGAAUAAAUUGAUGAAAUAGUAAGAUACUGUAACCAUUAUUGUUAAAAUCAUAUUUUAAUUUUUAUUGUGUAUUCUGAAAUCAUUCUGCAACCAAUGGAAUUACUUUAUUCAAAGUGG